UCUUUCUUUCUGUUUAUUAAUAGCUUAAGGUGGGGACAGCUAUUUGUAUGACUUUAUUUUAACUUUUAAGUAAUGCAUCACUAGCUGACUCUAGUAAAGGGCAUUACUAUCACCUUGUAUUUAGGGAUCCCGUAUUGGUUUACUUAAAACCAAUACGGAGGUUAUUCCCAAAUCACAGGCGUUAAGGGAUGCCUUUCUCAAAGUGCGACAAAACUCUUCGUUGUUUUCAUGGAUCUUUCUGGCAAUAAUUCAGCGUAUCCAGGAUGCUCCUUGCCGCUCCAGCCCAGGGUGCGCCCCUCUCCGGAGACAUAAGCGGGAAAGUCAGGGGCUCUAGGAAGUCCGCUCCUCUCCUUAACUCUCAAUCACUUUCACGCGCUUUUGACAGACGGGAAUUCGCGUUUUGUUAGCCUCGCGCUGGGAUUUCGGGAUCUCAACGCUCGCCGUUUUUUUCACUCCAACUUUCUCCAGCCUGAUGCUUUUAGGGUUUGGAGAGAGUAUCAGGCCGGCCGGGAACGCGAAAUUAAUCGCUCUUUCACCAGGUGUCCGGGAGGGAAAGGGGGAGGAAAUAAACAAUAGUCUGUGUAGAAUCUGAAGACAACUACAGUUGCGCGCCUGGCUGAAUAAAGGCGCGUUGUUUCCCGGCUUCUUCCGCCUUCGGCUCCCCCUCCAUUUCCCCAUCCCGAUUAUUUCAGACCGGCGAAGAUUUCAAUAGCCCCGCCGGCAAAAGAGCGCGUCGGAAGCUGUCAGACAAUACCGUCUGGGGGGUGGUGGUGUUGAGCACUUCUGAAGUUUGCUCUGGUGGACGUCGAUGAGCCCAGAGGCUUGGUGAGCUCUCCGCGUCUUCCCACCGAGUACUGCCAAUACCACGCGCUCGGCCACCCCCUGUUCUUUAGGGCUCUAAACCGGCCAAUGAGGAGUGUAAGGUAACCCCUUUUCAGAUUUUGUUCCAGGAACUCCUGGCAAUCGGCGAGGAGAGCACUUGUGGGAAACAACGGGGCGGGGAUGGAAGAGUGUGUUGCUCCUGGCGAAGAGAUUGGACCGCGCAUGCUCGCCCGCGCCGUAUGACGUGAGCUUAGCAAGGAAAGAUCAAAGAAGAGGGAGAAAAACCUGACGGAGAAGCGAUCGGGGCUCGCGGGGCUCGCGAGGCUGCGCAGGAAUCGGCCCAGCGCGGCGGGAAGUUUCUGGGAAAAGGAAAGCGCGAAACAACCUCGCCCGGUCUCCUACGAUCUGCCCGGCUCUCUGAACAAAGUUGCCUUUUCUUUUCCUCCAUCUCCGCCUUCUUCGAAGCCAGCUGCUGCCGGCGGUGCUACGAUUCAGGCAGCGCGGACUGGAGCGCACAUGGGAAGGCGAGCUAGCCUGGUGCACGCGUGACAGAGCGGGAGCGAGAGACGAGAAGCUCCCGCCAAGAAUACCCGACCGGUCAUGGCAGGGCAGGGCUGUGAUCGGGGCUGCUCUGAGGUAGAAAUCCCAGCGUGGGUGCGGGAAGCAGAAGCGUGAGCCGCGCCAGAAAGAAUCCCCCCUGGGCGAGAGCAGCAAAGGGAGGGCGCCGCCGGAGCAGCUGCCAGUCGCUUCGCCAUGGAUUGCAGCCGCCUCAGGACUCUUAUUAAUAGAUACUGUGCUGGGGAAGAGAACUGGGUAGACAAUCGGACAAUUUAUGUUGGGCAUCGUGAACCCCCGCUAGGUGCUGAAGCAUACAUUCUGCAGCGAUAUCCAGAUAACAGAAUAGUCUCAUCAAAGUACACCUUUUGGAACUUCAUACCAAAGAACUUAUUUGAGCAGUUCAGAAGAAUAGCAAACUUCUACUUUCUUAUCAUUUUUCUUGUACAGUUAAUUAUUGACACACCAACCAGUCCAGUGACAAGCGGGCUCCCACUGUUCUUUGUCAUCAUUGUAACAGCUAUAAAGCAGGGAUAUGAAGAUUGGCUUCGUCAUAAAGCUGAUAAUGCAAUGAAUCAGUGUCCCGUUCAUUUUAUUCGUCAUGGCAAACUAGUUCGAAAGCAGAGCCGCAAACUAAGAGUUGGAGACAUUGUGAUGGUAAAAGAAGAUGAAACAUUCCCUUGUGAUUUAAUAUUAUUGUCAAGUAAUCGAUCAGAUGGCACAUGUUUUGUUACAACAGCAAGUUUGGAUGGUGAAUCAAGUCAUAAGACAUAUUAUGCGGUCCAAGAUACAAAGACUCUUCACAAUGAACAAGAUAUUGAUAAACUACAUGCUACCAUUGAAUGUGAACAACCUCAGCCUGAUCUUUAUAAAUUUGUUGGCCGGAUAAAUAUUUACCAUGAGAGUAAUGAGCCAAUUGCAAGGCCACUGGGAUCAGAAAAUGUGCUUCUUAGAGGAGCUACAUUAAAGAACACUGAGAAAAUCUUCGGCGUUGCAAUAUAUACUGGCAUGGAAACAAAAAUGGCAUUGAAUUACCAAUCAAAAUCACAGAAACGAUCGGCUGUAGAAAAAUCAAUGAAUGCUUUUCUUAUUGUAUACCUUUGUAUUCUAAUUAGUAAAUCACUAAUAAAUACCAUCCUGAAAUAUGUUUGGCAGCUUGAGCAAUAUCGUGAUGAACCUUGGUAUAAUAAAAAAACAGAAUCUGAAAGGAAAAGAAAUGUGUAUAUCACAGCAUUUACAGAUUUUCUUUCUUUCAUGGUCCUUUUCAACUACAUCAUUCCUGUAUCUAUGUAUGUCACAGUAGAAAUGCAGAAAUUUCUUGGUUCUUAUUUUCUCACUUGGGAUGAAGAAAUGUUUGAUGAAGAAAUAGGUGAAGGACCACUCGUGAAUACCUCUGAUCUUAAUGAAGAGUUAGGGCAGGUUGAAUAUGUUUUCACAGAUAAAACAGGGACAUUAACUGAAAACAAUAUGGAAUUCAUAGAGUGCUGCAUUGAGGGGCAUGUUUAUAUACCCCAUGUCAUCUGUAAUGGCCAAAUCCUCCAUGACUGUGCUGGAAUUGAUAUGAUUGAUUCGUCCCCAGGAGGAAGUGGAAAAGACCGAGAAGAGCUCUUUUUCCGAGCUCUAUGCCUUUGUCAUACAGUUCAAGUGAAAGAAGAUGAUAUGGUGGAUGGAGUAAAGAAAGCUCAGCUUUCAGGAAAAUCUUCCGUGUAUAUUUCAUCAUCCCCUGACGAAGUUGCUUUAGUUGAAGGGAUUCAGAGACUUGGUUAUACAUAUUUACGAUUGAAAGACAAUUUUAUGGAAAUUCUAAAUCGAGAAAAUGACAUUGAAAGAUUUGAACUAUUAGAAGUUCUUAGUUUUGAUUCAGUAAGAAGACGGAUGAGUGUGAUUGUAAAAUCAGCAAAAGGGGAAAUCUUUCUGUUUUGCAAAGGAGCAGAUUCUUCUAUAUUUCCUAGAGUUACAGAAGGAAAAAUAGAACAGAUCAGGUCAAGAGUUGAGCGAAAUGCUGUGGAGGGUUUGCGAACGUUAUGCAUUGCAUAUAAAAAAUUCACACACGAAGAGUAUGAAAUUGUGGAAAAGCAGCUUCAAGAGGCAAAAAUAGCCCUUCAGGAUCGCGAAAAAAAAUUGGCAGAGGCAUAUGAACAGAUAGAACAUGGGCUUAUCUUGCUUGGAGCUACAGCGGUUGAAGACCGAUUACAGGAAAAAGCUGCUGAUACAAUUGAAGCUUUGCAGAAAGCUGGCAUUAAAGUAUGGGUUCUGACAGGAGACAAAAUGGAGACUGCUGCAGCAGCCUGCUAUGCCUGCAAGCUAUUCAGAAGAAAUACUCAAAUACUUGAAUUAACUACAAAGAAAAUAGAGGAGCAGAAUUUGCAUGAUGUAUUGUUUGAAUUGAGCAAAACUGUCCUAAAGCACAGUGGCAGCUUAACAAGGGACAUCUACUCAGGGCUUUCAGCUGAAAUGCAAGAUUAUGGUUUAAUUAUUGAUGGAGCAGCAUUAUCAUUAAUAAUGAAACCACGGGAAGAUGGCAGCUCUGGUAACUACCGAGAAAUCUUCCUUGAAAUUUGUAGAAACUGCAGUGCAGUUUUAUGCUGUCGCAUGGCUCCUUUGCAAAAAGCACAGAUUGUAAAAUUAAUUAAAUGGUCAAAAGAGCACCCCAUCACAUUAGCAAUUGGUGAUGGAGCAAAUGAUGUCAGUAUGAUAUUAGAAGCACAUGUUGGCAUAGGCAUUAUUGGAAAAGAAGGCCGUCAAGCUGCAAGAAACAGUGACUAUGCAAUACCGAAAUUUAAACAUUUGAAAAAAAUGUUACUGAUUCAUGGGCAUUUUUAUUAUGUCAGGAUAUCUGAACUGGUGCAAUACUUCUUUUAUAAGAAUGUCUGCUUCAUUUUUCCUCAGUUUUUAUACCAGUUCUUCUGUGGAUUUUCACAACAGCCUUUAUAUGAUACUGCGUAUCUUACUCUGUAUAAUAUCAGCUUUACUUCACUUCCUAUUUUGUUAUAUAGUCUAAUGGAACAACAUGUGAGUUCUGAGACGCUCAAGAGAAACCCUAUACUAUACAGGGAUGUUGCCAAGAAUGCUCACCUACGAUGGCGUGUAUUCAUUUACCGGACAUUCUUGGGAGUUUUUGAUGCUGUCGUCUUUUUCUUUGGUGCCUAUUUCUUGUUUGACAAUUCAACAAUGACCAGCAAUGGGCAGAUGUUUGGAAACUGGACCUUUGGAACACUGGUGUUCACAGUACUGGUAUUCACUGUUACAUUAAAGCUUGCACUGGAUACUCACUAUUGGACAUGGAUUAACCACUUUGUGAUCUGGGGAUCACUACUUUUCUACAUUGUCUUUUCUCUUCUCUGGGGAGGGAUCAUUUGGCCAUUCCUCAACUAUCAGAGGAUGUACUACAUAUUCCUGCAGAUGCUAUCUACUGGUCCUGCAUGGCUGGGCAUUAUUAUGCUUAUAAUUGUUAGUCUUCUUCCAGAUGUGCUGAAAAAGGUUCUGUGCCAGCAGAUAUGGCCUACAGCAACAGAAAGAAUUCAGAAAACAUCAGGCCAUGAUCAGGACCCUAUUUCAGAAUUCACACCCCUUGCCUCUUUGAAGAGAUCAAGAUACCGAAGUAAUGAAUGCAAGAAGUCCUCAGCCAAAAGUUCUCGUUCUCAUUCUAAAAAAAUAAUGUUCACACGCUGGGAAAACUAUGAUUAUUCGAUGCUCCCAUCUAUCUUUGCAUAUUCCAACUAUUCCAAGCGUUGCAAUUCCAGCACACCGUACUAUCACCAAAGUGCAGGUUUUGAAACAUCUCUGUGACAGAUCACCAACUCAAGCCUUUAAGAACUACAGCAGCUCCCACCCCAGCCCACCUGCAAACCAGAAAACGUGACUUUUGCUGCCACGUGUAAGAUCCUGACAAGCUGAGUCAAGAGCGCCUGCUACAAAACCAGGAGUAUUGGUCUUUUUUAUGUUUUUGAACUAUUGAAACAAUAGGUUAUGUGCAUAGUCUGGUACUGUGGAAAUAGUUCUAAUGCUAUUUUCAUUCUUGUCAGUCAAAAACUGUGUGUAUUACCUCCAUCAUCCCUUUUUAUUUGUUUGAUGGGCCCUGCUUUGAUUAGUGACUAUCUCUGGAUAUGAAUUUUGAAAAAUGGUCAGUCAUAAAUAAUACUUUUGGAUGUGCAGUCAGCAAGUAUAUUCACUAAUGCUGCUUCUGACAGUCUGUCCUUUCUUUGCUUUUUCUGUGGGUGUUUCUGCUGUGCAAAUCAGCACUCAAAAACAGAUUCUAGUAUCUUUGUAUUGUCAGUAUAGGAUUAUAUGUUAUUUCAAAAUAUUCUUUUUUGGGGGGCUAAAGACCAAUGUUUUAAAGUAUAUGUAGUAUAAUCCUUAAGAAGUCAGUCUGGCUAUCAAAUGUGUGAUGUGGCCAGUACAGCAAUUAGACUGAAAGUAAUUAUUGAACCUUUAAAUUCAGCCAUAGGAGAUUGUAGUAAUAAACAAACCAGUUAGUAACUCUAAAGUAGUAUAUUAGGAAGUGUUCUGCUAGUCUGUGGUCUUAUUUUAAUUAAGAAAAACAAACAAUUGAUUAUUUAACAAAUUAUUAUUAAAGCAAGUAUUUUCUUGUUUUACUUUUAAUUUGAUCUUACAAGUAGAAGGGGAAUCAACACUAACAAGAAAUUUUAUGGUAUUAACUGACUCUGUGUGUUAGCUAGCACCACCACAUGGUGUUUUCCCAUUAUUUAAAUAGGGAGUCAAUCAGACUUCAAGGGGGAAAAAAAAGCUUUUAUAUACAGGCUCGUCAUUUUCAACAGACAGCUUGUGAGAACCACCACUUGUGACUCUAGUUUGCUUUCUAUUGAUUUUAAUAACAGCAAACAUAUACCAGCUUGGUUUAAUUUUUCUUCCAGUAUUUUAUUUAGAUUAUAAAAAAGGCUUAUAGAUUACAGAAACUAACAUUGCUGUUUGUGCAAAUUCCCUGUUAACUUCCUGAGCAGAGAUAGGGACAACAGAUAUUUUAAAAGGCAAUAUGUGAAAUAUGCAUUAUACCAAAGACUAUGAAGAAAAAUGAAUCUGGAUUGUUCACAGGAGUCCAAGUCUGGUGGAGCAAGCAAGAUGGGGCAAGUGAGGAAAACAAAUAUCAUAACACAAAUGUCACCCCUUAUCUACCUACACAUGACAAUGUUGUGUUGUAAUAAAUAGAUCUUGUGUUGUAAUGUCACAACAUAAUAUCUCAUCAUUUUUGCAUCAUCAUGUGAGGAACAACCACCAAUGAAUGUUAUCAUUUUUAUGUUUUCUCAUUCCAUACAGUUCCCCAUAUCAUAGCAUUUUGAUAAUUUUAAGAUGCAAGCAAUUUCCAUUUCUGGUGUUGCUAACACACUUAAAAUACAUUUAAUAUUAUAUAUUUAUUUGACACUGCAUACUUGAAGGUUGGGUAGAAAAGUCCCCUACAUAAAACACUGGUUGUAAAUUGUACAUAUAUAAAUAUUUCUUAUUCAAAAGAAAAUCAACUUGAUGUGGGUAUUGAUUUUAUACCUGUGCUAGUGAUAAAUCUCUGGGUAUAAUUAGCAAAAUUAUUUUUAAUGUAUUUUUUUAGAAAUCUAAAAAAUGCCUCUGCAAUGAAAUAUUUUUCAAUACUGAAGCUCUUUAUAUAUCUGAUUUAUGCAUACAUUUGUUAAUAUAUCAAUUCUAUUUUUAAGUAUAUGUUUUAGAGGAAUUUUUUUAUAUAUAUGAGUUUUUGGAGCUCUAGAAUUUAGCUUAUAAUGGAACUGAGAUUGUAGGAACUUUGAUGAAUGUUAAUAUUAGACAUAGGUUUCAUCCAAAGCUGCUGAUUUUUAUUUGCUUUUGCUUGUAAAUAGACAGUCUUACAAGGAAUUCUGCCACCAUUAUUUUGUAUUGUUCCAUAAAACUUUGUGUCAUUUGCUCCGUUACGUUUUCAUUUCCAUCCAUUAGCCUUAAAUGGGAAGACUCUUAUGGGAUUAUUAAAAAUGCUGCAUUCCUGCCCUGCAUUCUUAAGAAAGAUCUUAUAGCAACGUUGUUGUAUCUCAGCCGUUUCCUUAAAAAAAAUUACAGGCUGAAACAUUUAAUGUUAGUUGUGGAGAAAAAAAAAUAUUAAAACAUCUUUUACCACUGAGUUCAAGGGAAAUCUGCCAGUGUAUAUAUGUGUGAGAGUGUAUGUGCGUGUCAAAAAAAGGGCAAAUAGUACCCGAGACUGAACAAUCAAAACCCUCCCCCCUUUUAUCAUCCACAUAAAAAGAGGCAGGGCUUUAAUCUGGCCGUGGCUGAUACUUUCUUGACUUUUUUUGUGACUUUUUUGACCGCCCCUUUCUAGGAGCUGAUCUUAGACUAAACCAGUUUUUAACAUUAAACUCAAUAGGCCUCCUAUAAUGAUUGAAUCUGGGAUUCCAUUCAUUAUAUUAAGUUAGGAACAGUUUUGAGUUUGAUAGCUUCAUUUAGUUUUUAAAAAUAUUUUAGGAAAAUGACAAAAGGAAAAGAUAUAUAAGUAUUAACUUCAAUUUUUUUUUCACUGCCUUUCUAUAAUAGACAUAUGUGUAGAAUUCAAGUGCAGAGACCUCAGUCAGAAGGGACCUUUGAGAUCUUCUAGUCCAACCCCUUGCUCAAACUUUAUGCAUAAAAUCUCAAUAUAUGUACACUGGUACACCCAGUAUUGAAUUCUACAAAAUAAAUGAGAUAUUCAGUCAUUACUUCUUACCUUGAAGAUCUGAAAAACUAGACUGGUUAUUGAUUCAAUUCUAUGCUUGCACCACAUUUGGUAAUGGAAACCUUUUUUGAUCUGAGUGGGAGCAAAGGAAAUUACAGAAAUAUUAUUUAUAGCUGUGGUUCAUUUCUAUUCACUGUGCAUUAUACCCCAUAAUUAAAUAUUACAAAUGAGUAGCAAUAAAUAAUCAAUAAAAUUAAUCAAAACUGAUGAAAAUCUAAGAAGAGAGAAUACUUCAUUUUGUAUUAUUCCCUCCCCAAGUCAGUGCUACCAAUUUUUCUGGUUAUUUAUGUCUAUUAUUUUGUACAACUACUUGACAUAAAAACAAAACCAUUUAAUCACCUGAUUGCAUCAACUUGUUUAUUACACAUAUAAUGCAAGAAUCAAAGGAAAUUACACAUUGUGAUAUCCAUAAGAUGUCAAAAAGCUUUAAUGAAAUAUUGUCAAAAGUAUUAUAAAAGAAUUCUGUGUAUGAUUGUACAUUGUAUAAUUGCACACAUCAGUUUCUAUAGCUUUACCUUUGUCAAAACUAUACAGAAUUUUAAGUAUAUCUGAAAUUCUGUGAUGUGCUAACUGUUCUCAAUAAUCUUUCAACCUAUAUUGCAAAGUAGAAUUGGCAGAAGAUGCUCUUGGGAAAAGCGGAACAUAGUUAUUAGAACAUUAAUCAUUAAAAUAUCUAUAGUCAUCAGCACUAAAUACUGACAUGUAUUUGUAAAUGGUACAGUGAUAAGUUCACUUGCCUGAUAAUUCAGCCUUUAAAAUCUCUGUUAAUCUAUAAUACUUAAUUAAAAGGUUCAAAGCAGUCUCAAUUAUUAAGAUGAUAUAUAUAAAUAUAUAUAAAUAUAAUAUAUAUGUGCAUUGAUGUAAAGUUUAUUUUCUGUGCUGUUUUUAAACUUUCAUUUCUGUAGAUAACAUGAAUUCUUUAUAUCCAUAUUUUGGGACUUUCUGUAGAUUCUAUAUAAAGCAGUAGAUGUUUAAAUCUGCUUGCAAUAAAAUAAAAUUUACAUAUUUGUUUUGG